CACAGCCUGGAUUGGAUUAAUCCAAAACAGUGCCUCAGGACCUGGGGUGUACCACUGGGUGGACGGGACAUCUGUUGAUACCUACCUGCACUGGGCAAUCUCCAAGGUACACAGUGGUGAAUGUGUUCAACUGCAGCUACACAGGGAAGGCACUUGGCAUGGGGUAUCCUGCCACACCAAGCAGCACUUCAUCUGUGAAAAACCCCAUGAUGCCCAGCUGCAGGAUGUCAAUUACUUUCUGACUGGAACACCAACCUUCAGGAAGGUCGACCUGGUGAAGAACAUCACGGUGAUGACUGAGGCCCCUCUCCGUGGAGCAGUAACAGUUGAGAUGAUGCUGUUUCCCGGCAUGUGGUUCAGCCAUUCAGGUCUGGUGAACUCGAUUGAAUUUGUAAUCCAGCCUUUGAAGAAAGCCACUCGGGUACAUUUCAAGAUAUUUCGACCUUACUGCAUCCCGAGCCUGUACCUCAUCCCUCCAGGCUGCGAGUGGCUCCGUACUCCCUUUGCCACCUGUGACACACAGCCGCUGUGCAACACCACAGGAGGUUGCAACAACGGGCAUCAAUGGUGCCACUUACAGGAAAUGUGUCUGCCCAUCACCAGCCCCUGCAGUUCGUAUGCAUUUGAAAACAUCACAACCAACAUCCUGCCAAUCGCUAACCCUCCCAGAUACAAAGGGACACAGCCAUAUUACUCCCAGGUGGCAGAUAUAGCAAUGAUCAUCAGCCCUGACCUCAACAUUGUACAUGUAAAUGUGAUGCUGGGUGACCAGGAAGUUCGUGUUUAUCCAGAUGAUGUGAUUGGUUUUCAGCACGAUGCAGGUCCGAACUCUCUGCUGCAUUGCUUGCCCAGCUCAAUAUCACCAUGGCGACAGAGCUACAUCAGCCUGGUGCGGCAGGGCUGGCUGGAAAGUUUACUGGUUGGUUUCCAACCUACCUGGCCCAGUCCCAGAUGGUUUGAUAAUGUUGUCUGUGAUGUGCGUAUCCUGUAUACAGACCAGCCACAGCCGAUUGCUCCCACCCACUCCCUAACCACUGUGCCAGAUACAUUCCUGGAAACCCCAGUAAACAGAGUAAGCCCCACAGGGAUCAAAUGCUGCCCAUGGACAACAAUCACUGGCUUACAAAUCAUCUAUCCCUGGCCACAUAAUGGCACUCUCCUGGUCCCAACUGGCAAUGAGAUACUCAUUGUGAUCAAGAUUAACUCUGGCAGCAAUGCUAGCUCCUGGUGGAGUCCUCCAGUUCGACAAUCAGGAGUCUUCUUUGAUGCCCACUGUCCAUCCAGUCUGCCUCAGUAUACGCCAGCCUGCCACAGAGAGACCAGCGAUACCUGGUUCUCAUAUGCCCACUUUACUGUCACCCAUCCCAGGAUAGAAAUCCUGAAUAUCACCGUGAGCAAUGAGGUCAGUUCCCAGAACAUGUCUGUCGAAAUCCAGGCCUUCGAUGUGAUUCAGGGGCUCCAGAUCAUGCCCAGGAAACCCAGACGCAUGCUGGUGGAUGUCUCACAGAUAUUUUCAGCACAGAUUACUCAUGGCACCUCUGUCAAUUUCACUUGGGUGAUUGACAACCUUGCACUGUUUGCCUACAGUGGACAAAUCUACAAGGUGAUCUUCAAACGACCAGCAACCUACAGGCUCAAGUUAAUGGCAGUGAAUCCUGUGAGCAAGCAGAGCAUAGAAACUGAGUUAGUAGCUGACACCAUGCACCCUCUAACAGAUCCACAGUUUAUUCGUUUGUCCAGCAUGCUUCUUGUUGACACACCUCAUAAAUUCACCUUCAGGAUCACGGUGGAUAGCUUAGCAGAGGUCACAUUCCGGUGGAGCUUUGGAGAUGCGAGUACCACUAUAAUACAUUCCAAGUGUCCUCCACACAACGCUUAUCUGUCUGAGCCAGACCCAAGGACCAUGACCGUCAUAGUGCAAGAUCAAAUGACCUGGGCAUACUCUCAGCCUGGUAACUACAUUUUGGAAGUGGAGUGUAUUGCUCAGUGGAGCCGCAUUAGGCAGAGUCAUUCUCUGUAUGUCCGCUCCCCCUUGACAGAACUGAGCUGUGCACAGAUGCCAGAGCACCCUCACACCAAUGGAGUCGUUGUGUUUGAAGCCUACCCUCGGCCGAACUCUGACGGGAUAUUCUACACUUGGAACUUUGGUGAUGGAGCUCCUGUUGUUGUGGUGACAAGCUCCACGGUGCAGCAUAGGUUUAAAAUGAGAGGAAUUUACAAUGUCACACUCCAGGUCAAUAAUACAGUCAGUGCAAUGAGUUCCUAUCUCAUGGUUACAGUGGAGGAAGAGAUUACAUGCCUCAAGGUGACAACCAGUGAGCGCAGUGAGCUGGGUUCGACAAUAUCGGUUCAUGCAGAAGCAAGAAGUGGCACAAACAUUCUGUGGGCCUUCAGUAUGGGGGAUGGACACACCUUUGGAAAUCUGACAACUGAUACCAUUUCCUACAAGUACCCAGUGGAAGGGAGUUAUACCAUCACGGUAACUGGGAGGAACAUGGUCAGCUCUGCCAGUCAGUCGGUUGUUGUAGAGGUGCAUGCACUGAAGGUGCUGGCUGUCAGACCAACAGGAUACUUGGCCUCGGGAAGUAAUACCUCCUUCCAGGUUCAGGUAUCCAGCACAGGGAAUGAGACUCGGUACCGCUGGAGUUUCGGAGAUGGGAGCCCAGCUCUGGUGGUCCGAGGUAGCUCCGGGGCCUAUCACACCUAUACCAUGACUGGGAACUACACAAUCACCAUUACCGCCACCAGCCCAUUUAACACCGCAUCCUACCAGGCUGCUAUCUAUGUACAGGCACCCAUCCACUCUGUCCAGCUCUUGGCCAGGAACCCAUACGUACAGUUAAAAGACCCAGUUCAGUUUGUGGCCAAGGUGGACCCGGAGGAGGGGGAGCAGCACCCUUACCAAUACCACUGGAAUUUUGGGGUGCCAGGACCUCCUAUUUCUGGCUGCAGGGAGCAGACCUUUGUCUAUGAUAAGGUUGGUAUCUAUUUGGCUGCGGUCACUGUGAGUAACCAUGUUGACCAUCAAAGCAGUUCCUGCUCAGUGACUGUUCAGGAAAGUGUUGGGGACUUCACAAUUCGUCAUGAGGGUCUGGCCCAGGAGGCUCUCUCCCUGAACAAGACAUAUGUAUUUCAUCUCCAUGGUGCCUCAGGCACCAAUGCCACCUUCCACUGGGACUUUGGCGAUGGCACUACUAGGACACAGGGCCAGCAGAUAUCUCACAUUUAUUGGACAUGUGGACGGUUCACCGUGACUGUGGUGGGGGUAAACCUGGUCAGUCACCUGGAGAGGUUCCUGAAUAUUCAUGUCAUCACACCCAUCAGCCAGCUGAAUGUCAGUGCUGACCAGCUAGCGGUGGAAACCGGGAAGAGUGUCGUCUUCACUGCUUCCCUGUCUGCAGGGGAACAAGUUGUCUUCUUCUGGGCAGUAUGUGGAGACUGUGUCCUACACCAUGGAUCAUCCAGUUUCAAACACAGCUUCCUGGAGCCUGGCACUUACAGAGUGGUGGUGACAGCAAGAAAUGAGGUCAGUGAAGAAACAAAAAUGGUCACUGUUCAGGCUGAAGAAAAGAUCCAAGAUGUGACAAUAAACACUGGAGAUCUGAUUCACGGAAACUACUUUGCUGCCAAGGAGAUUUGUAUACUGCGUGCACACGUGGCACUGGGCUCAAAUGUGUCCUAUGAAUGGACCAUUAGGCAAGGCCAAGUUGUGGUUGCCGUAGGUCAAGGGUCAGUCAUGAUGUUUCAACCAGAGGUAGCUGGGGAUUACUGGUUAGUGGUAUUGGCCAAAAAUGCUAUUGGAGAAGUCAGCCAAAGUGAAGAGAUCUCCGUAUUGGAGCGUAUCAGUGGGGUGAAGGUUACUUCAACACCAUGCAAUGUAGCCACAGGGCAACCAGUUCAACUAAGCAUCACAGUCACCUCUGGGACUGAUUUACUGUAUGAAUGGUUCAUUGAAGGAGCUGAAAAUCAUCUCAGGACCAGCAUCUCCUCACUUUCCUAUGUGUACUCAACAGCAGGAAUCACUAUGGUAAACGUGACUGUCCACAACAGGCUAGGGAAUGCCCAGAGCUCCCUUGUUUUAACAAUCCAAGAGCCUAUCUCUGAAGUGAGCUACAAUGUGCGAAGUGCGGCACCCCCUUUUUACUUGCAGACUAAUGCUAUCACUCACCUGAAGGGCUUUGCAGGCAGAGGUACUGCUAUCUUUUGGGAAUGGUGCCUGCUGAGCCCAGUGGGCACCCAGUCUUGGCAUGGCCGUGAGAUCAAUCAUACAUUCAGCUCAGCAGGAGUGUACCAACUCACCCUCAACGCUUCCAAUGGAGUUAGCUGGCAGUCAGUACACCAUAACCUCACAGUGCAAGACAGUGUCACCGGGCUUGUCAUCGAGAUGGACAAGACAAUUGUUAGGGUUGGUGAACCAGUGACAUUUACUCUUCGUGUCCAGCAGGGCAGCAUGGUGCGCUACUUCCUGAAUUUCACCACUUUGCGCACACAGUUGUCACUACAUGAAGACACUUACAAGGUGGCAUUCCCUUCAGUAGGACAGCAGAAUGUUACCGCGACAGCACGCAAUGAAGUCAGCAGUGAGACCCGGUCUGCCUCCCUGGAGGUACUGGAAGAGGUCACUGGGCUUUAUUUGGUUAAUUGUUGCCAGUCCGCUGUGGAGGCCAACCAGGCGAUGAUGCUCACCGCGAGGGUACGCACAGGGACAGGUGUGAUGUACAGGUGGCACCUCCACCUGCCAGGCUUACCCGAUCAGCAUGGCUCAGGGUCAAGCAUUAUCUACACCCCUCAGAGCACAGGCAAGCUAACUGUCCAUGUGGAGGCUAUUGGACAGUUUGGUGCCCUUUCACUCACUGAGUGCACUCAAGUUCAACUCCCCGUGUCAGUGGUAGACAAGCUCUGGAGUGACAAUGUUGAUCCAUUUGUGGAACAGGCUGUGACAUUUCAGGUGGUGCUAGUGGGGGGCACGGAUGUUGGAUAUCUCUGGAACUUUGGCGACUCACCUGAGACAUAUACCAGCCAGAAUGGCACUAUUCAGCAUAGAUAUAAGACUGCUGGUUGGUACACUGUAGAGGCCAAAGCCUUCAAUGACAUUAGCUCUGCAGUUGUUCACCUGGCGAUCCUUGUGAGGCAGCCUGCUUGCUGGGCUCCUGAAGUCAGAUUGGUCAAACCACCACCUACCAUCAUCCGGGCACGAGCAAGCUACUUUGAGGCUAAGGUAGACCUGAGGGGCUGCACAGCGUACCAGGCUCACUACCACUGGGAGCUGUUUGAGGGCACCAGAUGCCAUGGGUCAGCCGGAGUGCACCUCAGCACUGUGGAUACUGGCAAACCCAUCCUGGCCUUGCCAAAAUUGGCACUACCUCUAGGUGCACAUUGCUUGCAGUUCACAGUGGACUUUGUUAGCACACCAUUGAGUCAGAAAGUGACAGCAGUGAUCCAGGUGGUACAGAGUAAGCUGCUGGCCAUUAUCAAUGGAGGAUCAGAGAGAACAUGGGCCAAUCACCAGGAUCUGGUACUAGAUGGAUCCAAAUCCUAUGACCCGGAUGUUGAGAAGGAGGAGGAGGCUUUUCUGUCUUAUCGCUGGGCUUGUGAAGCUGAGGAUCAAUUCACUUCUCCAUGUAUCCAGCCUGGCAUUUCAGUUGGGCCUGUAGUCACUAUUCCCAGAAACACCCUACUGCCAGGUGCUACCUACUUAUUCACACUGACUGUCACCAAACCGGGGAAAGAGGCUGCCCACACCACUCAGUUGGUUCUGGUGCAAGCGGCAAACAUUCCUUGCGUAAUGUUGGAAUGUAUCUCCUGCCAAGUCCUCUGGAGCUAUAGAGUGAGCAGGAGCACGCAUGUCACAUUGGCCGGAAGAUGUCAGAAUUGCAGCAACAAGUCCACCUAUAAGUGGACAGUUCAAAGUUCAGAUGCCUCUCCUUUGACCUUGGACAAUAAAACCACCUCGACAGGGGACUCCAAUCCUAACCUGGUUGUUCGACAGGAUGUCCUCCAAGAUGGGGUCAACUACACCUUCACCUUGAGCAUUACUGACUCAGAAAAGCAAAACACAGGGUUCUCCAGCAUCACCCUGACUCCUAACUACCCACCAAGCAGAGGCGAGUGCACCAUCCACCCAGAUCAAACCCUCUACCUUCUGGAGACUCUGCUAAGCUUUAACUGCACAGGUUGGUGGGAUGAGGAUGAUGGCCAGGAUCAGCUGGUUUACUCACUGAUGGUGAUGACCUGCCCUCAUGACUUCUCUAGUUGUGAUAGGUUUCAGCUGUACCGGGGCAUCAAGCCCUCCUCCCGGGUGUUGCUGCCUGCAGCUUCCAGUGGCAGAGCCUCUACUGUCCAUGUCUUGGUUCAGGUGGAGGAUCUGCUUGGAGCCAGAACCGUAGCCGUCAACAGAACUCUGACAGUGUGGAUGCCAGAUUUCUUCCUGGGAUCAUACAGUGUCAUUGAUUGGUUGAGACACAAGAGCCAAUCAGAGCUGUGGGGCCUGGUUCAACAGGGUGAUCCCAGUGAGGUGAUCCCAUACUCUGUCACUCUCAUCACUGCUCUCAAUCAGUGCUCCAGGCACCGUGAGCAAGACCUGAAGGACCGAAUCACCAUCCGUAGUAAUAUAACCCGAGCACUGAUCUCUCUGACGGUCACAACUCUGGAGGAUGUCAGCCAGAUCAGUGCAGCACUGGCUCAGUGUGCGACUUUUCCUGAAGAGUUUAUAAUGGGUCAGGGGCUGGAAGGAAGUCUGAGGAUGACCCGACAAAUGAUUGACAUCAUUGGAAAUCAGACAGUUCAAGGAUCAGCCACACCCAGUGAAACUGGAAGAAAUAUUUUGAAAAUCCUAGGUGCUGCAAUGGCUGCAAUUGAGGUUAGUCCAAAUAACAGAAUCCAGCGAGAAGAUGAUCUGGUCACUUCAGCAACCAUCUUCCAGUUGACUAGCAAACUCGUCCAGUCUCUCAUGCGCUCUCGAGUUUUCAAUGAGGAGCCCUUGUUGAUAUCUGUCUCUGAGAUUGAUGUGCAGGGGAAGAGAGUGGACCCCUUCAACCUGCUGUGUUCCUGGCCUGGUGAGAAAUGCCUCUUCCACAUCCCCCCAGCACUAUCCAGCCAGUUGUCAGCAAACCGUGAGCUCAUCCAGCUAACAAUGAGCCUCAGGGUCAAUCCUUUCCCAGGAGGCACCAUCAGCAACUACAGUGUCUCCACCCAUCUUGGAUCUAUGGAGUUGAGCAGCCCACAAGGGCUUCCACUCUCAAUCAGUGACCUUGCUGCAGAGAGGUCCAUCCGUGUUACUCUAGCAGACCGGAGACCCCGUCAAUUGGAACAUGCAGAGACAGUGAGGACUCUCAGUCCUGGAGAAAGUGUGAAUUUCACCAUCCGGCCUGUCAACAGUAACCGUGCAGCUGGGCUCCACAUUGGCUUGCGGUUCACCCUGAUAGAUCUUGAAGGUGCCCAGGACCCAGACCCUUUUGUCCGUCUUCAUGUCAACAACAACCCACAGUUUAAUGGAUCCCUAGAUAAUGCAACAAGAGGAAUCAUUCUAUAUCCCACUAGGGAACGUUUAAGUGUCGAACACACCAUCUUCCUAUCUCCUGAGAUGUAUGACAGCACCACCGAGCAGUUGUUUGUCACCGUUUCCAACUGUUUCUCUUCUGCCCGAGUCGGCAUCACAAUCACCACCUAUACCUCGCUGUGCCAGUACUUUGAUUUCCAGAGUUUGCAGUGGAGGACAGAAGGCAUUGUGCCCACACAGUGGACCAGGCUGGAGGAAGCUGUGUGCCUCACUCGGCAUCUCACUGUCUUCGGGGCUAGCCUCUUUGUGUCUCCAAAUGCGGUGGAGUUUCUUGCACCGGCAGACAGGCCAGUGCAGAACAUGGUGGUGGCAAUCAGCUGUAUGUUGGUAUUUGCUGUCUACGUAGUGAUGGUACUCAUUGCCCACAAGCUGGACUACAUCGAUAUCAACCGUGUUGGCAUUAUCCCACUCUGUGGACAACACGGACACUAUAAGUAUGAAGUCAUGGUGAAAACUGGCUGGUGCAGGAAUGCAGGUACAACAGCCCAUGUAGGCAUCAGUCUGUAUGGCUUGAACAAGAGUGGGUCCCGCCACUUGGACAAGGAAGGAGCAUUCCAGAGAAACAGUCUGGACAUUUUUCAGAUUGAAACAGAUGCCAACUUGGGUGAGAUCUGGAAAAUCAGAAUCUGGCAUGAUAAUACAGGACUGAGCCCCUCUUGGCACCUGGAGCAUGUGGCAGUUUGGGACAAGCAGACUGACAUUAUGUACUAUUUCCUGGCCCAGGAUUGGUUGUCGGUGGAGAAUGAGAAGAAUGAGGGGAUGGUAGAGAAGGAUGUGUUGGCAGCAUGCAUCUUAAAGAGCCCAAGGAAAUGGAUGUUUCCUCACUCAACCCUCUAUGUAACAUAUAUCCUCUGCUUCCUGCUGAUCGCUGUGUGUGUCAGUGUGACGGUGUCCUAUGGCAUGUUAUUUCCCAACCAUGUGGUGCUAAUGUGGCUGAUUUCUGCAUUCUUCUCCUUCCUGACCUCGUUCUUUGUUCUGGAACCUAUAAAGGUUUUGUGUGAGGCCGUGAUCCUCGCACUAUUUACCAAACCAGUAGAUGCUGAUGAGGACGAUAACUUAGUUGAGGAACCUUUGGUUAAGAAGACAUCAGAACGAAUUGGCAAAGUCCGAGCGCCAUACGGUUACAGCCUCUUGCAGGCUAAAGAGGAGGCACGGAAAGUGAGAGCACUGCACACAUUGAUGAAGAAUUGCGUUGUGCACACAAUCUUCCUCCUGGUGGUGCUCAUCGUUAACUACCAAGGCUGUUACCAAAGCGCCAAUGGCCACCUUCUGCGAGCCUCCAUUCGACAGUCCAUUGUUGGAAGAACUCUGCACUCAUCCAACUUUAGUACUAUCCAGAGGCCAGCUGAUUUCUGGCGAUGGCUGAGUACUGUGUUGCUGCCUCUGCUAUACAAUAACCCCCAGCUGACAUUGCUCGGAGUACUACAGCUUCAACAUGUCCGGUCCCAGGAAGGACAUUGUCCCUGGUGGGUUUAUAGAUUAACCCCUGGCAUUAAUCCUGGCAACAGCUGUGACCAUUCCAACUCAUCAAGUACUGAAACAAUCACCCAUGGGAUUGGCUGGUCUGCUGACUUUAACAGUACCAAUCACAGUUGGGCUUAUUCAUCAGAUGGCUUCACAGGGACACAGAGUGUGUUUGUUGAGUUCACACAGUACAGCCGGGAUGUGGAUCUUUACGCUGUGGUGACCUUACGGGUUGUCUUUCAGCCUGCGGUGCCUGUCAAACCAACUGUCAAUAUUAAACUCUUCUCAGUGCUGAGCUCAAGUCGUGCGGUGGACCUAUUGUUGGUGUUGAUGGUGCUGCUAUUCCUCUUCGGCCUCUGUUUUCUGGUCGUUGAGGCCAUCGCUCUGAACAGGGAGGGUUUGGCUUAUUUCAAAGAAGGCCAGAGGUACCUCCAGCUCCUCAUCAUCCUACUUUGUGUCCUCAUCCCUAGCUUCCAUUUCAGCCACAUCAGAUUAGCUGACCAGCAGCUCAGCCACUACAAGAACAACCCCCACCAUUUUGUCAGUUUCUACUAUGUUGCAUGUCUGGCUGAGGGAGUCACCAGUCUCGCCGCAUUUCUGCUCACCGUCCUCACCUUGAAGAUUGUAGGACAGUUUCGUUUUGUGCGGAGAUGGUGUGUAUUUGGGAAGACAUUCCAGUAUAUGAUCCGAGAGCUGAUGGCCGCCUUCCUUUACCUCUUCCUGCUUGUCAUGGUCUAUGCACAGUGUGGCUAUGUGAUGUUCUCUCCUGCUCUGGAACACUUUGUGACAUUCAGCAGUUCGCUGCUGGCUUUGGUUGCUUUCCCCCAUGGAACCCUGUCCCUGCGACAUGCAGUCCACCAUUACCCCAUAAUCGCACCCCUCUACUUCAUUAGCUACCUGCUGUGUCUGAUGUGGAUAGCGAGAAACCUCUUCAGUGCCAUUAUCAACCAGAGUUACAGAGAGCUCAAAGCAGAUAUGUACCGCCCAGCCAUUGAACCACAAGACUACGAGAUGAUUGAAUUCUUCAUUAAGAGGUUCAAGCUCUGGAUAGGACUCACCAAAACAAAGGAGUUCCGACACAAGGUGAAAUUUGAAGGGAUGGAGUCCUUGCCAACAGGCACUUCCCAAACCUUGAGAUUAUCCCAACUUGCAUCAGAAAAUACCGAGUCUCCCUUCUCAGACUGCACCAUCUUGUCAGGCUCUGUGCAAUCGGAGGAGCUGACUCUUCCACAGAGUCCAACCUCUGAGACCUACAACAUUGAGGCCUAUCUCGAUCGGUUGCUGCCGACUGUCAACAGCCUCCUUGGUCAGUUUGACCGCGUCAAUAAAGUCACCGAUGACUUGUACCAGAUCGAGAGUGACUUGGAGAAAGUGCAGCAUAGAAUCAAACGGAGGAGACAGAUUCUGGGCAGGGAUGAAAAGAGCAAAAUAGAGAGACAAAGCCUCCCUGUGCCAACCACACAGCCCAGAGCAUGCAGUGCUGUUUCUGAUUCAGUAGUUUCCGGCCUCCGACCAAGCACAGGCCCAGCUUGUGAAUAUUGUGCAGGCAUUGCCCAGUCAGCUCACAGCGCUCUACCGGUUGAUCCCAGGUCGAGUGAUGCCCCUGGGCGAAGAGCCUGGCAGUUGGGACCAUCACUGUCAGCAGUCAUCAGUCAGAGAGCGGUAUGGAGCUCAGAACCUGCAGCUAAACCAAGGCCCAAAAGUGAAGAAGGGCAGGAUCGAGUGAUGAGUCAGCAGCAGGCCCCAGUAAAGAGGAGAGCAUGGCAGAGUGAAAGCAUGGAGGGGCAACCAUGAGUGAAUAUACUAGGAGCCAUAAGGAGGCACUAGAGAGCACUGAGAGACUGGAACAAAAACAGAAAUUGCUGGGAAAACUCAGCCAAUCUUGCAGCAUCCAAGGAGAGAAAGCAGAGUAA